UAUUUCCACAAGUGUCAUCACCACAGUCACUGGAUUAAUGUGAAUAUUAAAUAACUUUAUUGUCUCAUAAUAAUACAAGUGAAUUAUCAGUCGUGUACGACAAGUGUCGGAAUAAUAACAAAAAACGUUCGAUAAGCCGUGACUGCAUGUUCAGCGGAAGAAAGACGGCACUAGGGUGAGGAAAAGAGUUGAAGUGUACGGAGGAAGGAAAGAUUAGGCGCAGGCAAUUUACGGAGCGUUGACUAUUUUUGCAACGGCGAAUCAAUACAUUCUCUGUGUGCGUGCUUAUUCCAUGUAAAUAUAUCUGUAAAAAUAGACGUCGGAUCAUCGCCACGAGUAUUAAUACGGGGAACGGGUGCGAUGUUCAGUCAGUUUUGAGGUUAACAAUCGCGCAGUCGUCGUCGUAGCGAUGAUGCGAUUUUAUUUCUGAUUGCCGUCCGUGCCUCUGGCGAAACAAAGGAAGAAACUUUGCCAAAGUUCGGCGGACACGCCUACGUCUUCGGAAAUUAAUCCAGCACCGAAAGCCAUGGAGGAAUCUUCUGAAAUUUGCCAGUCGCUUAUGAAUCGUGUUUAUUACGCGGCUCGCGAUGGCAUGGCAAUAUCUCUAUACGAUAUUCUCAGCGAGCGGGGGGACCACCUGGACCAGCUUCUUAAUCAGACAGUGAUAGAAGACGAUGGCCAGCACUGCACUCCAUUGAUAGUUGCGGCACGAUAUGGUCACAGUAGAGUCGUUAAAAUGCUGGUCGAUAAAUUUAAGCCAGACUUGGAGCAGGAGGGUACUGUUAAAUUUGACGGAUGUGUUAUACAAGGGGCGAGUGCUCUUUGGUGCGCUGCAGGGGCUGGGCAUCUGAAUGUAGUAAAAACUCUUGUCAAGGCUGGAGCGAAUGUUAAUCAUCCGACGAGAACAAUUUCUACACCCUUGAGAGCCGCAUGUUUCGAUGGAAGGCUCGACAUCGUUCAGUAUCUGACUGAGCAUCAUGCCGAUAUACACAUUGCCAAUAAGUACAACAACACGUGUUUAAUGAUCGCUGCUUACAAGGGACACCUCGAAGUUGUGAGUUAUCUGCUUGAUAUCGGUGCCAAUCCCAAUGACAAAGCACUGUGUGGAGCAACGGCAUUACAUUUUGCCGCUGAAUGCGGGCAUUUUCGUAUAGUAUCAGAAUUGCUAAGGUAUGAUGCCAAGAUGACAAAAAACGUCAGCGGUAUGACACCAUUGAUAGCAGCUGCCGAAAGAACAAGAACUGAAGUAGUGGAAUUUAUAGUUGAGAGAAAUGAAGUUAGCAAAGCUGAGAAGAUUGAAGCUUAUGAAUUGCUUGGUGCUUCUUACGCUAAUGAUAAAGACAAUUAUUGUGUUAGCAAAGCGUUCAAAUACCUGUACAAAGCGAUGAAAUUAAGAUACAGUGAUCCUGAGAAUAUAAUGCACAAACCAGUAUGUGCACCGAUAUCGGCGUAUGAAAAUUGGAGCGAGUCUGUUACUCUGGAACAGUUAUUAAAUAUAGAAAAUAAUCACAAUGCUAUCCACAUGGAGUCGCUUGCAAUUAGGGAAAGAAUAUUAGGAACUCAUAAUCCGGAGGUACCACACCCAAUAAUAUUCAGAGGGGCCGUUUUUGCUGAUAACGCAAGGUUUGACAGGUGUAUCGAUCUUUGGCUCCAUGCGUUGAAGCUGCGGCAACUAAAUAGUAUUUCGGUUGUUAGAGACUUGCUUCGUUUUGCUCAGGUAUUUUCACAAAUGAUCCAUGUCGGAAUUGACCUGCAAUUCACACAAGUUAUCAAUGUCUUAGAAGCUAGUGUGAUAGAGCUAAAAAGAAAUAAAGACCAAAUAGGAAAUCUAGACUCCAAGGAUGAUUUUGAGCAAAUUAUUGAGGAAAUGGAAUCCAAUAUUACAACAACGCUUUACAUUUUGACUAUUCUAAUGAAAUUAAUAAAGCUGAAUGAGAAGGGAAGUGAAGAGGAAAAAGUUAGCCAAGCUCAUCGGCUGGUACAUAAUUUAUGCGCACUUGGCGUAUCUCUGAGAGAUGGACAAACUCUGCUUCAUCUUGCUGUGAACGCAGAUACACCCGUGGACGAAUUUCAUACUAACGAUGUUUGCAAAUUUCCUUGCGCUGCUACUGCCAAAUUUCUUAUCCAAUGCGGGGCUGAUGUUAACGCGAUGGAUAUAAACAGGAAUACACCUCUACAUGUGAUAGUUAGUUAUCAAAAACCUAUCAGUGACUUCUUAACGCUUCAUUCGAUAAUAAUUGAUCUCACUGAAGCUGGAGCACACAUGGAUACAGUUAACAUUGAAGGAAAAACUCCAUAUGAUGCUGCAACAACUGGUGUUGCUGAGAUAAUACUUCGAAAGCAAACUAAACUUUCAUUAAAAUGUAUGGCGGCUAAAGCAGUAAAGACAUACAACUUGUCCUACUGUGGUAGCGUGCCACGUUCGCUCGAAAGUUUUAUAGAGCUGCACGGACCCGGACUUAAUCAAGGGUUUAUUAUUCAAAUUGUAUACCACCAAACUAACAAGGGGAGGGCGCGACCUUGAGAUCACCGAUUUCAAAUUCCUUUUCAUAUAAUAAAGUACUUCGCAAUCUGUAGUCAAAGGUGUCCAGCAGAAAACGCAAUUUUCAAGCUGGAAUACUUGGAAAAGUCACGGAACUUCAGAUUCCAAAAAGGGUAUGAAUCCCGAUUUAUUCAAAUAUUUAUUGAUCAUUGACAUAGUACAAUUUAAACAAAUAAGCUAAUUGUCGUCUGCCGUAGUUUCGAUUUGAUGCGCGUUUGCAUAUUGGAAUAUUUCAUGAUUUUUUGCUUUUUCGUACUUUAUUAGAAGCAACAGUUGAUAAAACUUUGUAAGAAAAGAAAUGUUGACUAUCUUUUCAAGCAAAGUUGACCGGUUUAGAUGUAACAUUUUGUACGAAAGUUUCAGACUUAGAUUCAAAUCUUGCUGACUAUUUUCACAUUUUAUAUUCUAUCACUAUAGUCGGAUAUUCAGUUUAUUUUAUGUAUAAUUGUAUAGACCGUAUAAGUUCUGAACAAACGUCUCUCGAAGGGAAAAAAAGAAAGAAAAAUAAUAUUAUUCUACGUAUGUAUAAAGUAUUACUAUAUCAUUAUAUACAAUAUAUUAAAUCGAACUAAAGUGGUAGCGAUUAGAAACAAUUCGAACUACUUUUUUAUAUAGGAAAGAAAAGAAACAUGAAAUAAUCUUUCCUCAAAAAGUCGUAUUAUAAUAAUGGCCUGUAAAAAUUAUUGUAAUUCUUUCAAGCACAUACCGAAAUUAAUUUCGUACAAAAAUAGGUAUUAAAAACUAAUGUCUUAAGAACCAGCAUGUUUUCUGUUUUUAGGACGGAUGUGUGGAAGGUGAGCUGUUGAUUAUUUCCUAUUUUACCAGUGACGUCGUCUACUGCAUGUAAA